CAUCGGGAGUUGUUCUAGGGUUGGCUGGAGCAGGGCAAAGAGAGAUCCAGGUGGUCCCCUAACCUUUCAGCGUGGCCAAGGCUUUGUGGGAAACUCCUAGUGUGGGUGAGCAUCUCUUGCGAAAUCUCGGGGAGUAUUUACCUCCCGGGCAUCCUGGAGGAGACCAGAAAACUUGCCUGUGAAAGUAUCCGCGCUUAGUUGAGUAGUGACGUUAGGGAGUUAUAUGGGGCAUUGUAUUGUUUUUGAGGACUUUGUGGUUUUUUAAUCCUUUGGGGGUAGGGUGGAACACGAGGAAGGUGAGACGUUCUGUGGUUGUGGGAGAUUUAAUGAGCCAUUGACUUCGAGGCGAUGGAUCACCUGUAGCUGUCAUACCCCGUUGGUGACUUUGCAAAGGACUAGGUAAACUUCAGGUGUCCCAGCUCCUGAAGGUCCAGUCGGGAGCCCUUUCGAAAAUGGGACUGUAGGAGCAAGAAAAACGAAUGAUUUCUUUUUUCUCUUUUCACCGAAGAGUUCAAAAGCGUUCACUGGAAAUCUUGAGGCGAUUUUAUAAUGUCCAGACUGGCUAGGUGGCGCUUUGUGGAAUAAGCAUAUGUGACUGGCAAUCCAGAAAUAAAAUGACCUUCUAUUAUAAGGGUGUUUUCGGGCAUCAUCGUUUUCACACGGGUAUCAGCAUGAUUAUUAGGACUGAAAAAGAGUUGGGUCAUGUUAGUAGAAAACAAAUCACCACUUCACAUGACAGAGUUAACCUGGCAUUUUAGUGCCAAUGCAGGUCAAGUUAUAAUUGCUUCUAAUUAGCAUUCCCAGGAGCUGUUAAAUUAUUUACUUUCAACUAAGUGUCAUUCAGAGGUCAGGAUUCUUGCCUUUUGGAAAUUACUUUUCUUUGGUAUUUUCACAGAAAUCCAAACACCAAAAAGCCAAAGUUAUUUGAAAAGUUUAAAAACUCUUCUGUCCCAGUAGUUUUCAAAGUGUGAUCUGAGGACUCAGGGUCUUUGAGGUCAAAACUUCUUUCAUAAUAAUGCAAGAUAUUUUAAUGAUAUUUUAAUUUCUAGCACAGCGUACAUGGAUAUGUUUAAACCCGUAUAAAUAAAAGCUUUUGGGGUCUUCAGUAAUUUUUGAGUAUAUAAGGGACUAAAAACUUUGAAAACUGCUAUCUGUCUAAUCUUGUUAAGUGUUUCCCAAAGUGCAGUAUGUCAUAGCUCAAAAACGAGGCUGAUGGUGAAGAAGACAUUGAAGAAAAGGAGGAAUGUUUGAGACGGGAGUGAAAAGGAAGGAGCAGGGCUAGUUAUAGUGGAAUUCUAAGACAGGAAGCAGUUCUGACCAUCUUUUCUGAAAGGAAACAGCACAAAUAACAAAAACAGCAAAUUCAUGAACAUAAGUUGCGCAUUAUGACAUCUUUGCACAUUAUGAAAAAAGAAGUGUCUUACUAAUUAAGAGUGACUACAAAAUGAAUGAGACAGUGAAUUCAAGAUGCAGUUUCCAGACUACACUUUAUAGGCAAAGUACGGGCUCUGUGAUUCGAUCAAAUUCUCCAACAACAACAUCUCAGAUUAUGGCGAGAAAGAAAAGAAGAGGGAUUAUAGAGAAAAGGCGUCGUGAUCGGAUAAAUAACAGUUUAUCUGAAUUGAGAAGACUUGUGCCAACUGCUUUUGAAAAACAAGGAUCUGCAAAAUUGGAAAAAGCAGAAAUACUGCAAAUGACAGUGGAUCAUUUGAAGAUGCUUCAAGCCACAGGAGGUAAAAGUUAUUUUGAUGCCCAUGCACUUGCCAUGGAUUUCAUGAGCAUUGGAUUCCGAGAAUGCUUAACUGAAGUUGCCAGGUACCUGAGCUCAGUGGAAGGUCUGGACACAUCGGAUCCCCUGAGAGUUCGACUUGUUUCUCAUCUCAGUACCUGUGCCUCUCAGAGGGAGGCAGCCGCCAUGACUAGCUCUAUGGCCCACCACCAUCAUCACCCUUUACAUCCACAUCAUUGGACAGCUGCUUUUCACCAUCUUCCUACAGCCUUGCUUCAACAGAAUGGACUGCACACCUCAGAAACCACCCCUUGUCGAUUGUCCACAGCGUCAGAAGUGCCUCCCCCUUCCCAUGGCUCAGCUCUUCUCACAGCUACUUUUGCUCAUGCCGACUCUGCACUUCGAAUGCCUUCCACGGGCAGCGUGGCUCCAUGUGUUCCGCCCCUCUCUACUUCUCUCCUGUCCCUCUCUGCCACUGUCCAUGCUGCGGCUGCAGCAGCCACAGCAGCUGCUCAUAGCUUCCCGCUUUCCUUUGCCGGGGCAUUCCCCAUGCUCCCACCGAAUGCAGCAGCAGCAGCAGUAGCAGCUGCAACAGCCAUCAGCCCACCUUUAUCUGUGUCAGCAACUUCCAGUCCCCAGCAGACAGGCAGUGGAACCAACAGUAAACCUUACCGACCCUGGGGGACUGAAGUUGGAGCUUUUUAAUAUUCCCCGGAAGCUUUCUACUAGACUUUUGGCAAUAGUAACUGAAUGUCCUUCAUUUCAGAGUCAGCUUUAAGGCCUGCACCCUGAAGGUAGCAGCCAUGACAGAUGCCUGAAAAGCCAUCAAGAAACAAAAAACACUGUUUUUAGACACAGAUCUCACAAGAAGAAAGGAUAUAUUGCCUGUUUUCUUCUUUGUUUUUGCUUUAGGCAUCUUGUUAACUAACAUCAGUGAGCUUUUGAAAAUGUCACAUUCUUUUUACCGUUUAAAAGUUUAUGAGGGAAAUAUACAGAUUCUAGAGAUAAUCUUCCAGCUACACAUCUUCAUGUUUGUGGGUUAGGAAAGAAAUACUCCAUGGAAUUCUCCAGAGGCUGGAUGAAAAAGAAAAAACCACGAUUUAAAGUUUCAUAAGUGCCUGAGCUAUUAAAUAUUUUCUUCAUAAAGGAAUAACAUUGCACAAGAAAAGAAGGUAGAGAGGUAUGGGUUAAGAAAUGAGAAGGGAGGGAGUACUGCAUUAGGCUGCAGACAUUUGAUACAUUUCUAGAGAAGAGUGCACUGUUAAAACCAACAGAUUUAUUUAGCUAAAAGAGGUUUCUGAGAAGUAAUUUUCAGGUUGAAAGGCCUAGUUUUAUCUUACCUAGUUUACUUUCUUUGUACAGACUUGCCAAGUGGUGACAUUUAGCAUAGCAUUGGUAUAAGCAAUUAUCCUAUCAGUGCUUGGAUUAACAAACAAUUCAGCACCACUUGCAAGCCUUCAGGCGCUUUUUUUUAAAAAUUGGCUUAAAACGUGGUGCUUCUUUAUUAGUGCACCUAUGUGUAUGUAACUGCCUACUGAGUGCCCACUGGAGAAUAUUUGAUUCAUGCCAAUACAAAAAAAAAAACUUCUUUGUAAGAUGUUAAAUUAACUUAUUUAGUUGUAUUUGGACUAUUUUUAUAUAUAUUAUAUAUGCUUUUCAUUGCCUCCAGAUAACAUGCAAAAUUUUUCUGUCACCUAUGAGGGAGAUUGUAAUUUCUGGGGACAACAGAUGAUGAGAUGGGUAGGGAGCAUUAGGAAAAGAAAAGGCACUAUUUUUUUUCAAGUUGCUCUUUCCCAAAUUCACCAAUUUCAUUUGAUUCCAAACCAAGAUGAAUGUAUUCAAUGUCAUGCCAGUAAAUUAUUUUAUGUCCAUUCCCAGACAAAUAGUGCUACACAAUGGUGUUUUGGUUUGUUUUUUUGCUUUUGUUUUAUGACAUAAAAUAAUCUCUUAAUACAUUAAAUCAAGCACGUGAGAUUUUAUGUUUUGGAAAAUAAAGACACAGCGUGUAUUAUGCACUUGAUUUCUCUGCUGUGUGGAGAAAGCAAUAAACAUUAUGAGAAUGUUAAACAUUAUGCAAAAUAUACUUUAAAAUAUUUGUUUUAAAAAUACUGUACCUAGUCUUUGUUUUUACAUUACUUUGUAACUUUUUUCUAUGCAAAAAUCUUUACAUAUCACUAAUUAAAUGAAUUCCUUUUUUGACUGUU